AUGCUACAAAUCUACCAGGCCCUGAUCCGCUCAAAACUAGACUAUGGGGGAGAACUCAUCGAGUCCGCCUCUAUCACAGAAAAGAAAAGAUUGGACAAAAUCCAAGCACAAGUGCCGAGAAUAGUGGUUGGUGCGCCAAAGGACACUGCAACAGAGGCCCUGCUACGAGAGACGGGUGAAAUGCCCUUGUACCUAAGGAGAAAUCUCGCCAGCGUCAAACAUUACAUAAGGUGCUACGAGGUGAAUUCUGACCUGCUGGCAGAAAAAGAAGAAUGGUUAAAACAUGCCAAGCAGUGUUUCCUCUCUAGAGUCGAGUCCAUGACAAACACCUUGGACCAUAAUCCGAGCUCAGGCGAGAAAUUAUCCAUCAGCAAGUACCCGCCAUGGAAGGCUCUGCUUCCAGAAGUCACGACGUACACACCAAACGACCUGAAAUGGCAAAAAGUGUUCCACAUAUACACAGACGCAGCAAAAUCAAAAGACGGGCGAUGUGCUGUUGCCUUUGUGGUACCAGAGAAAGAAAUCGUAGAGCAGAAGCGUCUAGUGGACGGUUUUGCGACAGCAAAGAGCGAACUCGCAGCAAUACACCUGGCAGCAUUGCAAAUACUCACCUCAACUAAAGACAACAACAUCGUCAAAACAAGCACCGUGGACACUUGGCGAGCACUUUCCAGAGCUGGCACAACUGUCAGCUUUUCGUGGGUAAAAGGCCACAUUGGAAUAUCCGGUAACGAGCAGGCUGAUCGUGCUGCCAAAAAUGGGCUUGAACUAGAACCCGAACUCAGCUUCAGAAAAGACACAAAUGACAUCCGUGAAAACGUUGAAGACCUCCUCCUGAAAAAAUGGCAAGGCCUCUGGGACAAGCCGAAAACGGAAUGUGGACGUUUCACACACAGACAUAGCCCAGACGUGUCCAGACUCGCCUCCUUUUCGGCCAAUCAAGAAGCGAGAUUUUCAAUCAAUCAAUCAAGAAGUGUUCUUAUCGCAGAUUCGCCUCGACAUGCUGCCACUAAACUAUCGUCUGUUCAAACGUAA